AUGGAUUGGGUCAAGACUGUGUGUUUAGUGCUCUGGGCUUUCACAUUUAACUCAGUAGCAGAUGAUUUAAAGGAGCAAGCCCUGAAACUGAUGGCUGACACUCCACUUAUAGAUGGGCACAAUGACCUUCCCUGGCAGAUGAGGAGCUUGUUUAAUAAUCAGCUCAACACGGUGGACUUGUACAAACUAAACUCCACACAUACCAACAUCCCCAAAAUCAAAGAAGGGCACCUCUCAGCACAGUUCUGGGCAGCGUAUGUACCAUGUGAUACCCAGUACAAAGACGCAGUCAGACAGACCUUGGAGCAGAUUGAUGUAAUCCACAGGAUGUGUCAUAAAUACCCAGAGGUCUUCAAAUUUGCUGCUAGCAGUCAAGAUAUAUUGGAUGCCUUUGAACAGAAUAAGACAGCAAGUCUGAUUGGGGUAGAAGGUGGACAUUCAAUUGACAGUAGUUUGGGUACUCUGCGCACCAUGUACCAGCUGGGCGUCCGAUACCUCACUAUCACACAUAGUUGCAACACACCAUGGGCAGACAACUGGCUGGUGGACACAGGAUCUGAGCCUGAAGCGCAUGGUGGUUUGUCUGAUUUUGGCAAGCAAGUGAUCCGGGAAAUGAACCGCAUUGGAAUGCUGAUUGAUCUGUCUCAUGUGUCUGAGAAGGUCAUGAAUCAGGUGCUGGACAUCUCUGAAGCUCCUGUUAUCUUCAGCCACUCUUCUGCCUACAGCAUCUGUAAUCACAAGAGAAAUGUUCCUGAUGAUGUUCUUAUGAGAGUGAUAAAAAAGAAAGGGAUUGUCAUGGUUAAUUUUUAUAAUGACUAUGUUACCUGCCAAAAAACUGCUAACAUCUCAGAUGUUGCUGAUCACUUUGACCAUAUCAAGAAAGUGGCUGGCUCUAGUAUCAUUGGAUUUGGAGGAGAUUAUGAUGGUGUGCCAAGGGUGCCAGAUGGUCUAGAGGAUGUAUCAAAAUACCCAAACCUGGUGGCUGAACUUCUUAGGCGUAAAUGGUCAGAUGAAGAGAUCAGAGAUGCUCUGGGACGAAACCUGCUGAGAGUGUUCAGAGAGGUGGAGGAAGUAAGAGAUCGCCUGAAUGGAACCAAACCAGAUGAUAUACCCAUUCCUCUUAAAGAAGUUCAAAAUCCCUGCAGGACAGACUUUGGUUAUCAACAUGCAUACAGUCUUUCUAUCCACUAG